AUUAAAAAACACAACAAAAAUAUUGUGAGGCAAAGAGGAAGGGUUUGUUCAUUUUCUAGAUAAGGAAACAGGUUCAAAGAGGGUUGUUCAGUGGUAGAAUUUGGGUUUUGGAACUCCUGGCCUGUUCUAGAACAAAGAUUGUUAGAUUGAGAUUUCCUUUUAGAAGAAAAUGGGACUGUCCAAUAUUGGUAAAAAGAGGGUAGUGAGUUCUUUUAAAAACCGAGCAGGAAGGCAUUAGAUUAGUUUGCAUUUUGCAGAGACCAAGCGUGAAACAGCGAUGACUUUCUGGUGUUGGUACUUGAGCAUGGACAAGAUUUUAUUCAUGAAAGCAGAAAGUGAAGUCAUAAAGCUAGACUUCUCCAGUACCCUGGUGUUGGUGGAAUGAGCGUUGCAUGUGUCUUGAAGAGAAAAACAGUGCUUUGGCAGGACUCUUUCAGCCCCCACCUGAAACAUCACCCUCAAGAACCAGCUAAUCCCAACAUGCCUGUUGUUUUGACAUCUGGAACAGGGUCGCAAGCGCAGCCACAGCCAGCUGCAAAUCAGGCUCUUGCAGCUGGGACACACUCCAGCCCUGUCCCAGGAUCCAUAGGAGUUGCAGGCCGUUCCCAGGACGACGCUAUGGUGGACUACUUCUUUCAGCGCCAGCAUGGUGAGCAGCUUGGGGGAGGAGGAAGUGGUGGAGGCGGCUAUAAUAAUAGCAAACAUCGAUGGCCUACUGGGGAUAACAUUCAUGCAGAACAUCAGGUACGUUCUAUGGAUGAGCUGAAUCAUGAUUUUCAAGCACUUGCUCUGGAGGGAAGAGCGAUGGGCGAGCAGCUCUUGCCAGGUAAAAAGUUUUGGGAAACAGAUGAAUCCAGCAAAGAUGGACCAAAAGGAAUAUUCCUGGGUGAUCAAUGGCGAGACAGUGCCUGGGGAACAUCAGAUCAUUCAGUUUCCCAGCCAAUCAUGGUGCAGAGAAGACCUGGUCAGAGUUUCCAUGUGAACAGUGAGGUCAAUUCUGUACUGUCCCCACGAUCGGAGAGUGGGGGACUAGGCGUUAGCAUGGUGGAGUAUGUGUUGAGCUCAUCCCCGGGCGAUUCCUGUCUAAGAAAAGGAGGAUUUGGCCCAAGGGAUGCAGACAGUGAUGAAAACGACAAAGGUGAAAAGAAGAACAAGGGUACGUUUGAUGGAGAUAAGCUAGGAGAUUUGAAGGAGGAGGGUGAUGUGAUGGACAAGACCAAUGGUUUACCAGUGCAGAAUGGGAUUGAUGCAGACGUCAAAGAUUUUAGCCGUACCCCUGGUAAUUGCCAGAACUCUGCUAAUGAAGUGGAUCUUCUGGGUCCAAACCAGAAUGGUUCUGAGGGUUUAGCCCAGCUGACCAGCACCAAUGGUGCCAAGCCUGUGGAGGAUUUCUCCAACAUGGAGUCCCAGAGUGUCCCUUUGGACCCUAUGGAACAUGUGGGCAUGGAGCCUCUUCAGUUUGAUUAUUCAGGCACGCAGGUACCUGUGGACUCAGCAGCAGCAACUGUGGGACUUUUUGACUACAAUUCUCAACAACAGCUGUUCCAAAGACCUAACGCGCUUGCUGUCCAGCAGUUGACAGCUGCCCAGCAGCAGCAGUAUGCACUAGCAGCUGCUCACCAGCCGCAUAUUGGUAUGUUUUCAGCAGGUUUAGCUCCCGCUGCGUUUGUCCCCAAUCCAUACAUCAUCAGCGCUGCUCCCCCAGGGACGGACCCCUACACAGCUGGAUUGGCUGCAGCAGCGACACUAGGCCCAGCUGUGGUCCCUCACCAGUAUUAUGGAGUUACUCCCUGGGGAGUCUACCCUGCCAGUCUUUUCCAGCAGCAAGCUGCGGCAGCCGCUGCAGCAACUAAUUCUGCUAAUCAACAGACCACCCCACAGGCUCAACAAGGACAGCAGCAGGUUCUCCGUGGAGGAGCCAGUCAGCGCCCUUUGACUCCAAAUCAGAACCAGCAGGGACAGCAAACAGAUCCACUAGUGGCAGCUGCAGCAGUGAAUUCUGCGCUUGCGUUUGGACAAGGUCUGGCUGCAGGCAUGCCAGGUUAUCCAGUCUUGGCUCCUGCUGCUUACUAUGACCAAACUGGUGCCCUUGUGGUGAAUGCAGGAGCAAGAAAUGGUCUUGGAGCUCCCGUUCGACUUGUAGCUCCUGCCCCAGUCAUCAUUAGUUCCUCAGCUGCACAAGCAGCUGUUGCAGCAGCCGCAGCUUCAGCAAAUGGAGCAGCCGGUGGUCUUGCUGGAACAACAAAUGGAGCAUUUCGCCCUUUAGGAACCCAGCAGCCUCAGCCCCAGCCCCAGCAGCAGCCCAGUAACAACCUGGCAUCCAGUUCUUUUUAUGGCAACAACUCUCUGAACAGCAAUUCACAGAGCAGCUCCCUCUUCUCCCAGGGCUCUGCCCAACCUGCCAACACAUCCUUGGGAUUUGGAAGUAGCAGUUCUCUCGGCGCCACCCUGGGAUCAGCCCUUGGAGGGUUUGGAACAGCAGUUGCAAACUCCAACACUGGCAGUGGCUCCCGCCGUGACUCCCUGACUGGCAGCAGUGACCUUUAUAAGAGGACAUCGAGCAGCUUGACCCCCAUUGGACACAGUUUUUAUAACGGCCUUAGCUUUUCCUCCUCUCCUGGACCCGUGGGCAUGCCUCUCCCUAGUCAGGGACCAGGACAUUCACAGACACCACCUCCUUCCCUCUCUUCACAUGGAUCCUCUUCAAGCUUAAACCUGGGAGGACUCACAAACGGCAGUGGGAGAUACAUUUCUGCUGCUCCAGGCGCUGAAGCCAAGUACCGCAGUGCCAGCAGCGCCUCCAGCCUCUUCAGCCCCAGCAGCACCCUUUUUUCUUCUUCUCGGUUGCGAUAUGGAAUGUCCGAUGUCAUGCCCUCUGGCAGGAGCAGGCUUUUGGAAGAUUUUCGAAACAACCGGUACCCCAAUUUACAACUGCGUGAGAUUGCGGGACAUAUAAUGGAGUUUUCCCAAGACCAGCAUGGGUCCAGAUUCAUUCAGCUGAAACUAGAACGUGCCACACCAGCUGAGCGCCAGCUUGUCUUCAAUGAAAUCCUCCAGGCUGCUUACCAACUAAUGGUGGAUGUAUUUGGAAAUUACGUCAUUCAGAAGUUCUUUGAAUUUGGCAGCCUUGAACAGAAGCUGGCUUUGGCAGAACGAAUUCGAGGCCAUGUCCUGUCAUUGGCAUUACAGAUGUAUGGCUGCCGUGUUAUCCAGAAAGCUCUUGAAUUUAUUCCCUCAGACCAGCAGGUAAUUAACGAGAUGGUUCGGGAGCUAGAUGGCCACGUCUUGAAGUGUGUGAAAGAUCAAAAUGGCAAUCAUGUGGUUCAGAAAUGUAUUGAAUGUGUACAACCGCAGUCUUUGCAGUUUAUCAUCGAUGCGUUUAAAGGGCAGGUAUUUGCUUUGUCCACGCAUCCUUAUGGCUGCCGAGUGAUUCAGAGAAUCCUGGAGCACUGUCUCCCUGACCAGACACUCCCUAUUUUAGAGGAGCUUCACCAGCACACAGAACAACUUGUACAGGAUCAAUAUGGAAAUUAUGUAAUCCAACAUGUAUUGGAGCAUGGUCGUCCUGAGGACAAAAGCAAAAUUGUAGCAGAAAUCCGAGGCAAUGUACUUGUAUUGAGUCAGCACAAAUUUGCAAGCAAUGUUGUGGAGAAGUGUGUCACUCACGCCUCACGUACGGAGCGCGCUAUGCUCAUCGAUGAGGUAUGCACCAUGAACGACGGUCCCCACAGUGCCUUAUACACCAUGAUGAAGGACCAGUAUGCCAACUAUGUGGUCCAGAAGAUGAUUGACGUGGCAGAGCCAGGCCAGAGGAAGAUUGUCAUGCAUAAGAUCCGGCCCCACAUCGCGACCCUGCGCAAGUACACCUACGGCAAGCACAUUCUGGCCAAGCUGGAGAAAUACUACAUGAAGAAUGGCGUUGACUUAGGGCCUAUCUGCGGCCCCCCUAAUGGUAUUAUCUGAGGCAGUGCCACCUGUUCCUUCAUUCCCGCUGACCUCACUGGCCCACUGGCAGAUCCAACCAGCAACCAGAAACGUUCUAGCGCAGAAUCUGAAAUGGGCAGAUGGUUGCUCCAGGAUUACUCCCUCCUCCAAAAAAGGAAUCAAAUCCAUGAGUGGAAAAGCCUUUGUAAAUUUAAUUUUAUUACACAUAACAUGUACUAAUUAUUUUUUUUAAUUGACUAAUUGCCCUGCUGUUUUACUGGUGUAUAGGAUACUUGUACAUAGGUAACCAAUGUACAUGGGAGGCCACAUAUUUUGUUCAUUGUUGUAUCUAUAUUCCACGUGUGGAAACUUUCAAGGGUGUUUGGUUUAACAAAAAAAAA